AUGUCACAAACCCGACCAGACAACGGGCAAGCUGGCGACCGGCGCUCCUGGGGUGCCCUCAAGGAGAAAAGAGAGACGCACGAGCAGGGAAGCAGGACGGACGUUGAACGGAUGCUCUCAGCGAAAAAAGAAACGGACAAAAAGGGGCCGAGAAGGAAGAAGAACUGGACGCAAAAGUUAAGGAGGACGAACCGAGAAGCUGUGGACAGCGGCCGGCAGAUCAACGAGACACGGCCCUAG